AGUCGCUUUUGUCUUUUGUCUAUUAUUUGCUCUUCUAGGUGGCAGCCUCAGGAAACCAACGAAAGUCUCAAGGAUUACCAAGACGCUUUGCUUCAGAGUGACCUCACAUUGUGUCCUGCAGGAGUGAACACAGAAUGCUACAGGAUCUAUGAGGCCUGCUCCUUGGGCUCCAUUCCUGUUGUAGAAGAUGUAAUGACAGCUGGCAGAUGUGGAAACAUGUCCAGCCACCACAGUGCUCCUCUGCAGUUACUCAAAGCCAUGGAUGCUCCCUUUAUCUUCAUUAAGAACUGGAAGGAACUUCCUGCUGUUUUAGAAAAGGAGAAAACC